AAGUAUUAGCAUGGCGCUCGGUGGAGUCAGACUUCAGCACUCUCGCUUGUUCGCUUUUCGAAUGAGCUUUGGUUUGCUCUUCUGACUCAUUGAUACUCAUGAAAACCGCAUCUCAUUCUUUCGGAAAGGCGCCCCUGAAGCAACAAUUCUAUCUCUCCAAGUGAAGUGAAGUUUGUCUCUCCUAGAUUUCAGAUAGCCUGCUAACUAUUCACGUUAGCAAGAUUUGGGAAAUACGGCAACAAGCAACAAGCCUGUUUUCGAUAAAGCUGAGGCCAUUGCCAUGGCCAUAGCUGAGGCAUGGGAGUAACGUGACGGAGCUUGUUCUUCCACACUCCACUGACCUUCUCUGCAUCAUGCUUUUCUGCUGAAUUGGAAGCAGAACACGCCGACAAUGGAUGAGUCGGUUUUGUUGGACUUGCUUGAGUGCCCUGUUUGUCUGGAGCGUCUGGAUGCAUCAGCAAAGGUCCUUCCCUGUCAGCACACCUUUUGCCGUAGAUGCCUCCAAGGAAUCCUGGGCUCACGUGGAGAGCUGCGCUGCCCGGAGUGUCGAACAUUAGUGGAGUGUGCUGUGGAUGAGCUCCCUAGCAACAUCCUCCUCGUACGUCUGCUCGAUGGCAUCAAGCAAAGACCUCGCAGAACUGCUCCUGGGGCGGCCGUUUGCACAAAUGGGACAACUGGAGCCGUGGGGAGAGCUCACAGCAGUGGAACCAGAGAGCAGGGCACACCAGGGGCACAACCUCAGCGAGCUCAAGCAAAGAGCUCACUUGUUCGGGGAAUGCCUCAGCUCCCAUGUGCCAAGGCCCUUUAUAAUUAUGAUGGGAAGGAACCAGGUGACCUCAAGUUCAGUAAAGGGGACAUCAUCAUCCUGCGCCGGCAAGUGGAUGAGAACUGGUACCAUGGGGAGAUGGGUGGAGUCCACGGCUUCUUUCCCACCAACUUUGUCCAGGUCAUCAAGCCUCUUCCUCAGCCUCCUCCGCAGUGCAAGGCCCUGUACGACUUUGAGCUGAAAGAUAAAGAGGCAGACAAGGACUGCUUGCCCUUUGCUAAGGAUGAUAUUCUCACUGUGAUCCGCCGCGUGGAUGAAAACUGGGCUGAAGGAAUGCUGGGGGAUAAAAUUGGCAUUUUUCCCAUAUCGUAUGUUGAGUUCAACUCAGUGGCUCGGCAGCUUAUAGACUUAGACAAGCAGUCGGACACCAAUGGAGACGCCAGUGAGGGGGCCUCCUCUGGGCCCCAGAGCAACGGUGCCCAGCGUGCAGGAGAGAAGAAGAACAGCAAGAAGCGACAUUCCUUCACCUCCCUCACGAUGUCACACAAGCCUAUGCUGGCUCCUCCCCCUCAGCGACACUCCAUGGAGAUUAGCGGCCCAGUUCUCAUCAGCUCCAGCAACCCUACUGCGGCCGCUCGGAUUGGAGAGAUCAGUGGCGGGCUUUCCUGUAGCGCGCCUUCACAGGUACAUAUUUGCACAACUGGACUCAUCGUUACCCCACCACCGAGUAGUCCGGUUACUACAGCAACAGUCUUCACGUUUCCGUCAGAGACAAGCUACACAGCCAUUGCUGCGGAUGCUCUCCCGCCACCUCCUCCGCCUCCCCCACAGUCCACUGUCAGUGGGGCAGCCUACUCAUUGGCUGCAGGACAGAGACCCUCCCCCAGCAUCAGCGACCAAACUGGGAGACAAAGACCAACAGUAUAUGUGGCAAUGUUUCCUUACACUCCCAGAAAGGAGGACGAGCUGGAGCUGAGGAAGGGGGAGAUGUUUUUAGUGCUGGAGCGCUGUCAGGACGGCUGGUUCAAGGGCACGUCCAUGCACACGGGCAAGAUCGGUGUCUUCCCCGGAAACUACAUGAGUCCAGUCAGCAGGACGGCGUCUGGGAGCAGCCAGACUAAAGUGCCCCUGAGUCUGUGCACUCAGGCCGGGAGGGGCAUCUCCAUCGUCAGCCCCUCAUCCGCCCCUCUGACGGCAAUAGUGGCGGGUCCAGACAACAAACCUCUGGCUGUCUGCACCACCACAGUCACAGCGAGCCCUCAGGCUGCCGUGGCAGUGACGUCUGCUCAACAAGCCACCGGGCAGCAGCCCAAAGUCCCCCUUCACCUCAACUCUCAGAUGACUGUCAGUCAGGCUCGCAACGCCGUCAGAACUGCUGCGUGCCACAGUCAGGAGCGGCCCACCGCAGCGGUGACACCCAUCCAGUCUGCAGCAGCUGUCGCCUAUCUCCCGCAUCUUGUGUGCGCGCAGCCCUCUGGCUCUGCUCAGGUCUGUGCUCGGCUGGGGGUGGCCAUGAGCUGCGCCGCCGCCUCGCUAACGCCUCCCAACGUCAGUGCUGCCUCUCUGGAAGGAGAUGCUUUGAGACCCGGGCCCGUCCUCGCUGUGCCGCUCAAUUCCGGGAACGGUGCCCUCAGUUCAGCGGCGGGUAACUCUGCGCUCGCCUGCCGACUGGACCGGAGGGAGAAGAAGAGCAUCCUGAAGCUCCUGUCCUCCAAUAAGAAGAAGCCUCGGCCAUCUCCUCCCUCGUCUCCCACACUUGAGGCCGAGCAGGCCGCUGCCGGUGAGCCUCCCCAGGGAGCCGCAGGAACCGACGGCUCGCCGCCCUCCAGCUCCUCCGGCAGUGUGGAUGCCGAACCUGCGGCCUCCUCAACUUCCUCCCCACCCUCAGUGCCAGACUUGUCCCAACGCAAAAGCUCUCCUCUGGACGGCUGCGCUCCCAUCGCUCCACCUCCGCGCCAGGCCUGCUCCUCCCUCCUCUCUCAGCAACACAAUGCCCGACCAAUUUUGUGUGAGAGGUACCGUGUGGUGGUGUCGUACCCUCCCCAGAGCGAGGCGGAGCUGGAGCUGAAGGAGGGGGACAUCGUGUUUGUCCACAGGAAGAGAGAGGACGGCUGGUUCAAAGGAACGCUGCAGAGCAACGGCCGGACUGGACUCUUCCCUGGAAGCUUCGUAGACAGCAUCUGACAUCAGACACCUCUGCCGCGGCACGAGGUCUGACACAUCGGCACUCGCCCCAUAUAGAGGGCGCUGCAGACCUGCAGUGAUCCGGAAGAAAGCACAGUGGACAGAGUGGAUUAAAAGCACAUGGACUAGAGUUUUGAGUCCGUUAUUUAUAUCUUUGUAACCGCUGUUAAUUGUGUGCCUUGUACUGUUCCUCACUUUAUUGUACAUAAGGACACAGAGACCCUCGUCCUGAGAGGACCAGUAUCGACCCAUUAACUUAUUUGGUUCAGCCUUUUCAGACGUCUCUCCUCCCCCUGCGAACGCUGCUGAUGAAAGUUUUAUUCUGCUUAGCGCUCCAGAAGGAUUGGAUGCAGCGAAGCAGAACAGAAGAGCUGCGUGUUUAACACCAUGGGAAAUCUCCUUUUGUAUUGCACAUCAAAGUACCCCAAUCACAACUCGUGUCCGUGUGAACGUCGCGCAGGAUGUGAUGGUUCAGGGCCAAUCGGAGGGCUCCUCUCCCUGUGCCUGAGGGCUCCCAACUGUUAAACCCAUGAUGUGUUGCACGUUUUUUUUAGUAUGUGAAAACACUCCGAAACUUCCUCCGCAGUCAAACGUUUCCGUUGUCUACCUGUUCCUGGUGGUGUGUCCCCACCAGUGGCGCUGCUCACUUGAAGCUUGUCUGACUGAGACGUUGCUCAUCGGCAACAUUUCAUCUUCCAUUUAUGUUUUUGUUACAGACUGACCUGCCGCUGCUUACAGAGUUGCUGCUGUCAGAGAUGCAGUAAAACACACUCAACUCUUCAGAUAGAUGCUUUUUUCAAUUCUUAAAAAAUGAGAACCAGAACGGCGCUUAUUGAAAUCAAGUUUGUCAGAGCUAACAGCCCCCGUCACUCCACACACAGAGACUGAAUCUGAAAAAUGAAAAUCACUUUAACUGUAGUUUCUUCCUAGUGGUGGGCUGGGGUGGGCUGGGGUUGGGGGGGGGGGCGUUUUCCUGGACCAUGUAAAACUUGUUCAUGCUAAGUGUCGUAUUGACUUGAAUUACUGUAAUAUUUUUGUGAUUUGGAGGGAUUUAUUUGUAGUUUUUGUGUGCGUCUGAUCAAAAACACAUUCUUCCUUCGUGUCUAUGCUUGAACGAAAAAAAGAUCUAUAUUUAAGACUCCCGCUGCACAAGCGCUCGUGACACGAUUGCUUCUGUCAGUCUGGGGAAGAUUCCAACUCUCAGUCUUGCCAAACAGAUGAUUUCAUUUUCUAGAAUUUACUGACAUGGAAGCAGAGGCUCAAGUUCAGCCUGAGCUUGUUUUUAUUUUGGUGUUGAUCGACAGGGACCACUGUGUAUCUGACUGCUGGAAUAUGUUGUAGUUUGUUUGAAGUUUAGCCGAGUACGGAGUCAACGGUGCGAAUCACUGCUUUUGGUGAAGAACUUAUUCAACUGACAUUUCAUUGCUGUCAUGGUGACCGCAGCCUCAACUCUUAGUGUCUUCUCGUUUCACUGGUAAGCCUUUAACUCGCACUCAUCACAGCGUUAGCGCUCGCUCUGCUCAUGCGAAGGCUGCACAGUCUCAAAAUAUGAACUUUUUUUUUUUGUACUUAUUUAAAACACUUGACCUAAUCUUGUUGCGAUUGGAAGUUUUAACAUCUUUUCAUCAAACCAAUGUGACUUACUUGAUUUUUUUUUUUUUUUUAAUUGUUAUUCUUUGGCCUUGUUGUUAGUCUGUGCGUCUGAAAAUUGAGAAAAUCUAAAUAUGUGAACACCAUUUGAGGGAAAAGCACAUUUUGUAAGAAACAAAUCUAUAACAAUAAAAU